AUGCUCUCUGUCAGCAUAGCAGUAUUCAGUAUUUUCGCUGCUCUGUGGCCGGUUAGCGCCCAACGUCGAAUCAUUCCAAUGGAACGGCCGCCAGACUUGCCGGUGGAGACUAAUCCGUUUGCUUCGAAUCUUCGGCUUCCAACCGAAUGGCCUCUCCCAGCCACUGCUAAACCACCGUUGCCACCCGUAUGGAAUUCUGAUGUUCCCUCAUUCUUGCGGUCUCACAAGAAUGACGAAACUGUAUUUACUACACGACCACCACCACUCUUCACGCCCCCACCACUUAUUGCCCUUCCACCGGCAUUUUCAUCACCAUUUCCUCCCAUUGUUCAGCCACCACUUUUCACACCUUCACCCUCGAAAAUUGGCCAGCCUCCACUGCCACCCCUUUUUCCUCCACCACCACCUCCUCCAUUUCCGCUUUUGACCCCUCCACCCCCUCCAGCUGCUAUGCCUAAAUACUCACUACCAGUGCCGUUUUCGAUGGCACCGACUUCUAACACCACAAUGAAGCCAAUCAAUAUCGAUCCGGAAGCGAUUAUGAGCGUGCCCGAAAUUAUUCGUCACUGGGGAUAUCCUGUGGAAGUGCAUCACGUCGUAACAGCUGAUGGCUACAUUCUGACGUUGCAUCGCAUUCCACAUGGGAGAAGUGAGUUCCACGGUUCAGGGAAAUCUACUCUUACCUGA